AUCAAAAUGGCUUGUUCUGCUGCUGAAUGUGUUUGUGCUAAAAAAUCUACCUGUUCUUGUGGUAAAGAAGCUGCUUUACACUGUACUUGUGAAAAGGCUGCUGUUGAAAAUGUUACUCCUGCUGCUAGUGAUGCUUGUGCUUGUGGUAAAAGAGCUAAAGGCUCUUGUACCUGUGGUGUUUCUAACACUGCUUGUGAUGGCGUUAGAGAAGGUGAAACCGACUUUACUGGUAUGUAA